AGGAUUAUUUUCUGUAGAAAUCUACCAGGAACUGUUAUGGAUCUGGUUGAUUUUGAGAAAAUGGUGCAUUCUGAAUUGCUUCAGAAGUGCCUUGUUGUGUUGUUUUCUAUAGCUUUCUUUUGGAAACUUAUUAGACACAUGUGGAGCUUCCUAAACAUAGAGAAGGAUCCAGUAAGAGUACUGGUCACUGGAGCUGCAGGGCAAAUAGGCUAUGCAAUUGUUCCAAUGAUUGCAAGGGGCAUCAUGUUAGGCCCUGAUCAGCCUGUGAUUCUGCACUUGCUUGAUAUUGAACCUGCGGCAGAAGCCUUGAAUGGGGUGAAAAUGGAAUUGGUUGAUGCUGCCUUUCCUCUUCUGAAAGGUGUGAUUGCUACCACAGAUGUUGUUACAGCUUGUAAAGGUGUCAAUAUUGCUGUUAUGGUCGGCGGAUUCCCUAGGAAGGAAGGUAUGGAAAGGAAGGAUGUAAUGUCUAAAAAUGUGUCAAUUUACAAGGCCCAAGCUUCAGCCUUAGAGAAGCAUGCUGCUGAAGAUUGCAAGGUGCUAGUUGUUGCCAACCCAGCAAACACCAAUGCACUGAUUUUGAAAGAGUUUGCCCCUUCAAUCCCAGAGAAGAACAUCACUUGUCUUACACGACUUGAUCAUAACAGAGCAUUAGGCCAAAUCUCUGAGAGGCUAAAUGUUCAUGUUAGUGAUGUCAAGAACGUAAUCAUCUGGGGCAAUCACUCAUCAACUCAAUAUCCAGACGUCAACCAUGCAACUGUCACCACCAGUGGUAAAGAGAAACCUGUCAGAGAACAUGUUGCUGAUGAUCAUUGGUUAAAUGCCGAGUUCAUCACCACUGUGCAGCAGCGUGGGGCAGCCAUUAUCAAAGCUCGGAAACUAUCGAGUGCAUUGUCUGCUGCAAGUGCUGCUUGUGAUCAUAUACGUGAUUGGGUUCUUGGGACUCCAAAGGGAACAUGGGUUUCCAUGGGAGUCUAUUCUGAUGGUUCUUAUGGCAUCCAGCCUGGCCUUAUCUACUCUUUUCCUGUUACAUGUGAGAAAGGACAAUGGUCAAUCGUCCAGGGGCUGAAAAUUGACGAGUUCUCAAGGGCGAAGAUGGAUGCAACUGCAAAAGAACUCAUCGACGAGAAAUCGUUGGCCACUUCAUGCCUCGACUGACCGACAAUGAAGCCAUGAUCUUCCCUUGGAGAAUAAUGGAGGAGUUUGAUUCAAUAAAUCCAUGAAAAAUAAGGAGUUCCAAUUACCACUACCUUUUUAAGCUUUGAAACGGCAAUACAAGAUCUGUCGUUCUUAUUUAUCUUAUUAAUUUCAUGGCAAAAUAACUUUCUUACUUCUCCCAUUUUAUAAAAGGGAAAAGUUUUCUUCACAACAGGUUAUGCACAAUUUGUGCACAACCCGCUCACAUUGGUAGGACUCACCCACUCACAUGGAUCCCACCAAUGUGAGCGGUUGUGCACA